AUGUCUGAGAUACACCGCGAUCUCCUGCACGUACAGAAGAAUCUGCCAAUUAUACGCCUCAGGAGAGAAAUUGGCGAUCGAUGUAGUUUGGAAGAUGCAGCAGACGGGCUAUACACCAUGAUAAAAGCAUUCAGAGCUAUGUCCCAGGACAUGAAAGAUCUAAAGAUAGAUCUGGGACGUGCCGAGGAGUUUUCCAAGUUCCUUCAAGCGGAUUUCGAGGGAAAGAAGAAGAGUUACGAAGAAGACAUUUCUACAAUAAGGAAAGAGAGUGAGAAAAAGAUCAAUUUUCUUGAGGGUAAAAUCUCGAAACUCAACGAACGAGCACAGAGGCACGAGGACAAACUGGAGGGUCUCAGGAACGAGAACCAGAACAAGCUCAACUUACUAAGCGCUCAACACAGAACGGCAUUGAACGAACACCAAGACAAGAUCGACUUGAUGAACGCUCAACAUAGGAGUGCGUUGGACGAGAAGAACAGGUCGAUCGAGGCGCUCAAGAUAGAUCACUCUCGAAUGACGGCUGGAAUGGUGCAAAGUUACACAGACAAGGAGAACAAACUAUUGAGAGCCCACGAACGCGAGAAGAAGUCGAUGAGAGAUGAGAUGCACGCAAGACAAACGCAACACAAGCAAGAGUUAGCCGAAAAGGAUAUGGAGCUUCAGUCUUCCAAUCUCAAGCAUGAGGAGGAAAAGGAUAGAAUGACUCAAGAUUUCCAACGAGAAUUGUCCGAUCGUGUCAACGAGUUGAUGCAUGUCAUAGAAGAUCUCAAAGGAGACAUGGUGAAGAGAGAUCACUUCAAAGGCAUGAGUGAUAAGAUUCUAGCGGACAAAUUUCAGAACAUCAAGAGCGAAGUCGAACAGUUUGCCUGUAUUGGAUGGGACGAGGGAAUGGACACAAGGUGGCCAGUUUCGCGGAUCACGCUCAGGAAUUCCGCCAACGAACGACGGACGAAACAAUACAUCCUGCAAAACGCUCUCUGGAUCACUCUCUACCAAAGAAUCUUUCGUACUCCAUUCCGUGUCUUUGGUCCUGAAGGUAAAUCCAUGGAAGUUACAUGGGUCGGAGUGUUUGGCAAAGAUCGAACGGCGGACGCGGGAUCUGGAAUGGCACUUUGUCCGCCAUUAACGAAAGACUCUGAGAAAUGGAGAUACGAAAACAUGAAGGUAUGUGCUGAUGCAACUAAAAGACCUGAGGUGGACUGGGAUUUCAACCUGAAACGAGACUACGAGACAUAUCUAGAGGAGACCUCACGAGAGCUCUGCCAGGAGCUAGAAAAAGUUGCCAUGAUCAGUAACAGCCAACGUGGGAAGGUCACCAGACUUGUCAACGAAGCAGCAAAGCUAUGGGUUGAAGUGGGACUACAACGAUGUCGAAUAUUUCUCCUCAUGUCAAAUCGUAACGUCGAGCCGGAAAAAGUCAGUCGUACGUCUUUCGAUGAUCAUACAGGUCUAGUCGUGCAGCCAGAGCUUCACCGGAGAGGAAAUGUACAGGGCGAAAGAUUGGAGACUGAUGAGGUGGUAAUGGAUUGCAAGGGAGAUUUCAUCAUAGUUAAUCUUUCGUAG